AUGGUUGUUUUAUUCAUUUAAACAAAAUUUGACGAUUAAUAUUUUGUAAUUAAUUAAAUUAUGAAUUAAUAGAAACAAAAGGAAGGGAGUAUCCAAGAAUUUUAGACUAAAGGUAAAUAAUGAAAUUUUUGUUGAGGCUAAAACUUACUGAAAAAUCACAAAUAUCAAGAAGCUAUGCAGAUGUUUGACAAUGUUUUGAAAAUAGAUUAAAAAGAUUUUCCAUCUUUAUGUGGAAAAUGUAAAAUUAAAAAUUAUAUAGGCGAAUGUUUAAUAUAGUUGGAAAAAUUGAAAGAUGCUUUGAUAUUUUUAGAAAAGGCUUUGUAGAUUGAAUAAAAACAUAUUGACUUACUUUAAAAAAAAAGUAUACCCUAAAUACAUAUUUAGGUUAAUGCCUAACCUAAUUAGAAAGAUAUUAAGAAGCCAUAGUUAUUAUAGAUUCUGCAUUAUAAUUUUAACCAAAAAAUAUUGAUUUAUUACUUAAUAAAAGUAUUAAAUUUUAGAUUAGGCAUAUGUUUAAGGAAAAUGAAAAGAUUUGA